GGGCGGUCACAAUUUCCACUUGGCCACCCCUACUCGAGUUGCUUUCUUGUCAGUCUUCCCAUUCGACUCCUUUCUUUCUGGGGAUUGUGCCUGCGCUUCUUCAGUUUAUCCAAUUCGCCGCCGCCGCUGCCGACCUCCAACCAGCUAUGGCGGACGAAACCUCCGGACAGAAGUCGAAAGGCAUACCACCAAUACCAGACGCCGCCGAGUCGUGGGCUCGGCAAGCAUGGACUCACCUAGAGUCGGUGCGCCAGGCCACGCCCCUAAUCCAGUGCAUCACAAACUUCGUCUCCAUGGAUCUCGUCGCUAAUGUUCUCCUAUCCGCCGGCGCAUCGCCGGCAAUGAUACACGCCGCCGAAGAAAUCCCCGAUUUCACUCCCCAAAUCCAUGGGCUCUACAUAAACGUGGGGACGCUCACCCCGGCCUGGCUACCGGCAAUGAAGGCGGCCGCUCAGGUGGCGAACGAGCGUAAUAAGCCUUGGGUGCUCGACCCGGUGGCCUCCGGCGCAUCCGGUUACCGGUUAAAGGCAUGUUUGGAGUUGCUGAAAUUAAAGCCUACUGUGGUCAGGGGCAAUGGCUCUGAGAUAUUAGCCCUUUUCAGAGGCUCCCUCAAUGGAACUUCCAAGGGCGUUGACAGCCUGCACGAAUCAACAGAAGCUGUUGAGGCGGCAAAGUCUCUAGCUCAGAUAAGUGGAAGCAUAAUUGCAGUAUCUGGUGCAGUUGACAUAGUAACAGACGGUGAGCGAGUGGUGGGCGUCCGCAAUGGGGUGCCUAUGCUGCAAAAGAUCACUGCAGCCGGCUGCUCGGUUACUGCCCUGAUCGCUGCAUUUGUAGCUGUCAACCCGCAGCAGCCACUUGAAGCCACAGCCACGGCAUUAUCAGUAUUCGGCAUGUGUGGAGAGAUUGGGUUGGAGAAAGCCGGCGGCCCAGCUUCGCUGCGCUUGCAAUUGAUCGAUGCCCUUAACGGAUUGGAUCGAGACACUCUGCAUCAUCGAGCCAAGAUUGAAAACAUGUGAGUGGAGAAGAUAACCUACAUAUAUAAUACUAUCUUUUUGUUCUUGUCUUGAUGCUGCACUUGCUUCAAUAAAUAAGGUAGGAGUUUGAGUCCAUUUGAACUUAUUAGAUAACAAUAGGAUUAUUUUUUUAAAAGUAUAUUGUAUGUACUUUUAUAAAAUAAAUGAAAGAAAUAAAGACAAUCAGUAUGUAGAAA